AUGCCCCCGCGCAAAAAUGUACUGCCAAAUGUUAAUACCCUCAGCCCCAACGAUGCCCAUAACUACCCCUACGGUACCAGCUCCAGUGGCUCACCCGCCUCUCCAGCCAGGUCUCUCCAAUUUCCCCAGCCCAGAUCCGUCUCGCCAUCCGCCAGCCUCACCCACCUCCUCUCCAAGCCCUCGCGAUGGUUCGGUCGCAAGCCCUCCAACUCGAGCUCCAACGCAGGUGGCGACCAGCAGCCCUCACGCCCGAGCACCAGCUCCGGCCCGGUGAGAAAAACAAAGAUCUCGCGCCCCACUGAUCCACGCCCCAUCCUCGCGUCCUUUCAGUCAGAGCCACGCGUCAGCAGCAAUGCGAGCAGAUCCGUGAUGGACCUUUCGCUCCCGCAGAAAAAGUCGAUGGACCUCUCCGCCCACUUCCAGCCCAGGUCACCCGGCUCGGAGACCUCGUCCCCUGAAAGACUGCGCCCGGGCGGCGCGGCCCUUGGCGACCUGCGAAAUCUGCAGCGCAAGGCCUGGUCGCGGUCCGCGGACGAUCUCACCAGUCUUACAAUGGACGAAAGCGGUGGAGCCGAUGUGCAUUUCCAGCACCGUGUGCACGAGUACAGGAACAGAAGCAACAGCAGCGCGACGAUGCACCCCGCCAUGUCGAUUUCGGCGUCUACCUCUUUAUCUGGCGCGGGCCCGCCGCGCGUGGAUCUGGCGCCGAGCCCGAGCUUUACUCUUCCGAUGCCCGGGCAGGAGCUGGGCGCGUCGACGGUAGCGCCGAGACCGAUCGGCCGGAGCGUGCCGUUUCCCUCGCUCGUCACGGGUAUCCAGCUCUCGUCCAGCCCGCCUGAACAUGCUAUUGACGAUGAAGAUGACGACGACGAUGCGCCGCUGCAGUCUGCGAUAUCCAUCUCGGUGUCGUCGCCUCCGGCGGAGAUGCUGCCGUUGCCGAUCUCAGCGCCUGUUCCUGAACCGGCGUAUUCGCUUCCGCCGCGCGCACAGACGACGCAGGUUGCGACGACGGCUCAGCAGCAGCAGCAACAGCAGCAGCAGCAGCAGCAGCAACAGCAGCAUGCAUUCGCACCGCGCAUCGCGUCCAAGCUCUCUGCUCCCAAGCUGCCCAAUCUCCUUCCGACGAGCCCGAAGCGCAAAGGAUCCGGUAACUCCCAGUACGAGCGGGGCGGGGGCGGGGGCGAGGACUCGCCGAGGGAACGCGAGCGCAAGAUCUCAGCGGGCAUGGGCCGCGGCAUGUUCCCGUUUGCCAUGGGCGCAGCGGCUGCGCAACCGCUGUCCGCGCCGCCCACGCAAACCGAGUUCAACGCGCAUGGACACGUUACGCCUGCUGCUGCGAGGCCUUCGACAGGCGCGAGGCCCCCGCUAGGAGGAGCGCCCAACGCCAACGCGAACAAUCCGGCGCUGCUCUCCCCGCCUAUCGCACCCGAGCUCGACGUGUCCCCGCUCGACGGCGGCGGCGCGUUCAGCGCAAGGGACGCGCGCCGCGCGUCGCAGAUUGUGUAUAGGGCGGGGUUUCUCAAUCGGCUGCCGGAUUCAUCCUCGUCUUCGUCGUCAUCGUACACGCCGCUCGCGCAUUAUAGGCAGAGCACGAUGUGGGGUGGCGGUGCCAGUGGCGGUGGCGGUGCAGGGGCGGGUGCAGGCGGCGGAGCGGCAGGCGGAGGGGCGGCGUUGAAUCUGAGUAAAGGGUGGAAGCCUGCGAAGGCGGAGUUGAAGGGGACGAAGUUGUAUUUCUAUAAGCCGCCUGGGGAUCGGGCGGUGGGUGUGAAGGAGCUUUUUCCGACGGAGAUUGUUGCUGCUGAGGAGGAUGCGGACGGCGGUACCGCAGGGGCUGGGGUUGGGGAUGCAGGAGGAGGGAGGUCGAAUCAGGGUAGAAGGGAGGACGGGGUGAGUGCAUCGGCGAGGAAGAAGAGGGCGUAUUGGGGGAGGAGGACGCAUCCGGAUUUGAUUGUUGGUGAGGGCACGGGUGCGGGUGUGGAGAAGGGGAGCUUUGAGGCGCUGGUGCAUGAGGCGGUGUUUGCGACUACUUUUCAGAAGACCGAGCAGGAGACGACGGCGAGUGCACAAGACGCCACUGGCAGCGGUGGAGCCACCACGACCACCAACAACAUCGACAACGAAGCGCGCGCUAACGAGUUCGCGACGACCAUUUUGCUGUCCUUGCCAAUUCUCGUGGGGCGCGCAAGAUUCGAGAGCGAGCUCAUGCGCUGCUGCACGAAUUAUAUCUCUGGUGCGGCGGACGAAGGCGAGAAGACGCUCGCGGUGUGCCGUGUGGGGUGGAUCGCGCGCGAGUAUGUGCACUUGCAUGGGCAGCCUGUGGAGGGUGCUGUGUGGGAUGCUUGGGUGCGGGAUACGGUUCCUGCUGCAAGUUCGGAUUUGGGUGCAGGUUCAAGUUCAAGUUCAAGUUCUAAGCUGGCGGACGACACAACGGCAAGACUACCAGGGAUGCCCAAGAGCGAGUCGACACAGGCGAUCUUUGCGCCCAGUCCAAACCCGAGCUUUGCUGCUGCCGGAGACGGAGGGAGAGCGUUCGCGGACAUGGCGUCGCCGAAUGUGGGGACGUUUUCGCCGCGCCCUGGUGGCGGUGUGGAUACUAGUGGGCGGAUGGCGUCGCUUAUGGAGGCGCUUGGGCCAUCGAUGGCUAGUGGUGGUGGUAUGACAACAGCGACAACGACAAGGGCAGAAGCUACAACGGCCACAUCAACAGGACUGGCGACGCCGCCGCCUUCGGUGCCGAGCUCGCUGUCGGCGGCUACGGGCGCGCAGCUUGGUGUGCCUCUGCACCAGCAACAGGGAUCGCAGUCAAGAUCGUCUACAUCGAGUCAGCGACCGCCACAGCAGCCUCCGUCGCCCGCUGGGUCGUCCCGCAUGCAGCCGCCACCCCUGGGGUCAAGUUCAAGCUCAAACUCGGCCUCGAAGCCUCAUCACCAGAGGCCGCAGAACCCGUUCGGCGGGGGCAGCAGCGAGAGCGCGCACCGCGCGUGGACGAUGCUCGCGCGGGACGGGCUGACGCGGGAGGUGCUCGCGAUGGUCGAUCCGCAGCUGAUUGCUGCGAGUCUGGGCGUGUUUCAUCGUGAGGCGCUGGUGUGUGGGGUGCCGGAGGAGCUGACGGUGGGCGCUGUGUUGGGUGUUGAUGAGGCGGUGAAGAGUGCGUCUGGGAAGGAGAAGGGGGAAGGCAAGGUGGAUGAGAUGGGCGCGUGGGUGGGUGAGGGGAGGAGUAGGGGAGAGAAAGGAGAAGGGGAAGGGAGCGGUGUUGCGAGCUCGGGCUCGCUGUUUGGGAGCGACGAGCAUCCGCAUUGGCUCACGCGGCUCGUGCUGCUGCAGGUUCUCGGCGCGGACGGGACGUAUGCUGGUUCUUCCAUGCCCACCUCCAGCUCGCUUGCUCCGUCGGACAGCGGCGGGGGACACUCGCCGACGAAGGACAGCCGCACGUCCUCCGUUGCGGCGCAGGCGCAGGCGUCGCGCACGCACUCGCGCUCCGAGGUGCUGUCCAUCUGGGCACGCAUCGGCGAGAUCUGCCGCGCGGCGGGCGACGGCGCGUCGUGGGGCGCGAUCUGCGCGGCGCUGUGUGCGCGGCCUGUGGCGAGGCUGGGUAAGGCGUGGAAGCGCGCGGAUCGACAGGCGGUUGUGGCUGUCGAGGCGUGGGCGCAGACGGCGGCGUGCUUUGGCGGCGGUGGUAGUGGGGAGAGUGGGGAGAGCGGGGAGAUGGGUGUUGUGACGCCGUGGGGUGGGGAUGUGCGGUGGAGGCUGAGGGAGACGAUGGAGCGGGCGAGGUGCGAUGGGGGCAAGGCGAAGGAUGAGCAGGAAGGGGAUGGUGUCGAGGGAGGCAGCUGGAUGGUGGGUCCGCUUGUGGAGGCGAGGGCGAUCUUUGAAGGUCUGAGGACGCGGUUUGGGAUGUGUCCGAGGGCGCUGAGCGGGGAGCCGGAGAUGAGCCAGAAUGUGGCGAGGUUGUUUGGGUUCUGGAAGGACUGUGCGGAGGGGAGGUCUGCGCAGAGGAAUAUGGCGGUGAAGUUUCAGCGAGUGGACCAGUUCAUGUCGCUGUCGUUUGCAGCGGAGCCGAGACGCAAGGGGUUGUUCGAACCGCAUUUCUGGACGGCGUCGAAUCCGCAAAGCGGGUUCUAUCUCAACUGUCAUCCUCUUGUACCUCUGCUCUUCCCUGAGCCACUGCCGACCAUCACGCUCGUUGACCGUGCGCAGCUCUGGCGGAAUCGACUCGACAGUGGACCUCAGUCCCUCAACUUACAGGAUCUCCAGCAUUUGCACGGCGUUGACGCGAGUUUGUCAAACGUGGGCAGCGCAGGUAUCGGGCUCAAGGGCCUUUCGAGACUGUCUAUCCUCGGAGACGCAGAUUCGCGCGGAACGGCAAUACCGAUCUACGACGGCGAGCUCGUCCUCGUUGUGCCUAACGACCUCGACUCCGGCCCGUCUCGGCCCGCGUCGCGUGCACCCUCGCGCCCGCCCAGCACAGUCGUCGAAGAGGGCGACCAUCCCUCACCUGCCCCGUCGAAGCAGCCGGGGAUGGGCCGCGCGCCAUCCGUGCGCGUGCGCUCAGGCUCGAACCAGCCGCUGAACCCGUCGGGCGAGCGGCGCUCGAGCAGCACGACGCGGCGGAGCUCGCUGCCGUCGCUCACGGCGCGACCGAGCAUCGCGACGCUGCGUGAGGCGCCGACGGAGAAGCCGAUACGCGCGAUGGUCAAGGGCGGCACGCUCGAGCGGCUCGUGCAUAUUCUCAUUCACGGCCUGCAGGGCGUGAGCGCGAGCGUGUCGGACGAUAAUGGGGAGACGUCGCUCACGGAGGGCAAGGCGCGGGAGCUGGUCGUGGAUCAUAAGGAGUACGCGCGGGUGUGGUGGAAUGUGUACAGGAGCUUUGUCACGCCGGUGGUGCUUUUUGAGUUGAUUCGCAAGCGAUAUGCGAGCAAGGCGCUUGGUGUUGAUCCGCUCGUCGCGCUACGUAAGCGCUCGGAGAUCCUCGAAAUUCUCAAGGAGUGGCUUGUCUCGGGUGGCGGUACCCAGGAUUGUCUCGACGACCCGCAGCUCUAUGCGAGUAUGGAGGGCUUCCUCGGCUCGCCUUCGGCGGACACCAAGCCAGCGUACGACACGUCCGACGAGGACGAGGUUCAAGCUGUGCAGAAGGCCUUGGACGGUAUCGAGGAGAAGAGGAAGGCAACGCUGAACGUGUUUAGGUCGCAUAUUAUGCGUCCGCCGACGUCGGCGCUGCUGUCAAGAUCACGCUCCCUCGUCGCGUCUACAAAGGGACCUGGGUUCGGGAGUCAGCCGCCGGAUGUGGACAGGAUGUCUGCAGAGGAGCUUGUGGAUAAUCUCAAUACGCUAGGACUGGCCGCGUACAGCAACAUCACUGAAGAGGAUCUGUUCAUCACCGCUGACAUAUUGGAAGUCCAAAUGGCAGAUCGCACUGGGUGGUUCAUUACGCGCGAUAUCAACAACUCAGAAGACCUGGAGAUUCAGACGCUCAACUCGUAUCUCUUGGAGAUCGAGCCGUCGCCGCUGGUCUCGGAGCUUUCCCAGGAAUCGAUAUACAAGCUCCUCCCACCCGGCGUCCGGAGCUGCAUACGCGCGUUUAACAUCCUCCGACGGUGGCUCAUCUCUCGGAUAGUGGCGCCCCGCAUCGGCCUCAGCCAACGCUCAAAGCGGAUGGAGCUAUUCCUGCAGGCUAUCGAGAUCGCUCGCAUGCGGAGCUACGUGGGCAGCCCAAUGAUGCCCGGCACCGUCCAGCAGGCGUGUGUGCGUUCGUUCGUCGAGGCGGUUGUCACCUCGGCUGCGAUCAGUCCCGAGAGCCGGAUGCACGCUCGCGCGUGGCAAACCGUCGCGGGCAUGCGUGGCGCGCAGCGCGAGACGCUCGCUGAUUUGAUGGCGAAGCCUUCUGUCCAGAAUGUGAACACGUCUGCGGGGUCGUUGCUUGUGGACGUGAGCUGGAUCCUGGAGCGUGUGCUCGAGGUGAACAGUGUGCCGAAUACUGUUCCUCCGACCGGAGGGAGCACGAGCUCUAUCAUCAACUUCGAUAAACGGAGACACCUUUGCGACCUGCUCCUGAACACGUUAUCUCUGCCUGGACUGAAGACGUCUCGCCAGAGCACAGAGGAACCAGAUCGACGAGACUUCGAGAGGCUCAACGCCAUCGAGCGGGAAGCUAUUGGUAUUCAGCUUGAUCCUCGCGUUAUCAAGGACGAUGCGCAGCGCGAGGCCCUCGGCGGGAGUACAUCCGGAUCUGCCGCCCGAAAAGUGAAACCAUUCAGCAGGCUUGUCGCACUGCAGCAGGAGAAGAACAAGCGCGACAGGGGCAUCUACGAGCGUCUUGCCAAGGAUAAGAAGCACGAGAUGCAGCGGAUGGAGCGGCGCGACGAAAACCUGAACCGGGCGAUGCGCGCAAAGCAGCCGUUGUCACAGGUACAGAAGCAGCACCGCAACAAGAAGAGCUACUCUUCCGCGUUCUUCCAGCUCAUGCGGCCCAUAUCUAGCGCGUUCACGGAUAGCACCAUGCCCACGGUGAAGAGGACGCCCGCCGAACUGGACUUCGCGCCGUCGGGCAAGCCAUCGCUCGUGAUCAGCGUCGUCGACGCCAAGGUCGCGCAGUUCGUGAACAACGAGCGCUCGUUUACGUUCCAGCUCGACACCGAGGACGGCGGGCACUACAUCCUGCAGGCGAUGACACGGGCAGAGAUGAACAAGUGGAUGGAUCAGAUCAGGCAGGUGUCUAAGACGGCGGCAUCGCGCCGCUUGACGUACUUGGGCAACUCGCCGAAGCCGCAGUUGUCAGAUCACCUGCAUACGGCGGCUACUGGGGCGUCGUUGCGUGAUCCGAGAGCAGUGUUUGGUGUUUCGUUAGAUUACCUUUUGCGUCGCGAGGCUGGAGGAGGCGAGGUCGAACCUGGGACAAUUCCUUCAGUCAUGGAGCGCUGCUUGACAGAAGUAGAGAACCGUGGUUUGACCGAAGUUGGGAUCUACCGUAUCGCCGGUGCUGCCUCUGAGAUUAACGGCCUUCGCGAGGCUUGUAACAGAGGAGAGACCCCCAACAUGUCCGAAUCGGACAUCCACGCCGUCUGCGAUCUUGUCAAGCAAUGGUUCCGAUAUCUACCAGAACCUAUAUUUCCGCCUUCGUUCUACUUUUCCCUCAUCGAGGCCGUUAAGCUCGAAAACCUUAACAAUCGCCUCUUGGCCAUCCGAGGCGUUGUGCGGAGCCUUCCUCAAGCUAACUUUGACCUUGUCAAGAGGGUCGUGGAGCACUUGGACAAGGUGACCGACUUUGAGGACCGCAACCAGAUGAGCGCGGAAGCUCUCGCCAUCGUUUUCAGCCCCAAUUUGCUUCGCGCGCCGCAAAAUGAUUUUUCGCUGAUCCUGAGCAACAUGGGGCAUGCCAACAAGCUGGUGAAGGCAUUGAUCUCCCAUUAUCACGUCAUUUUCGACGACGAAAUCGAGGCCGACCCCGACGGCGAAGAGGAGGAGCUCGAGAUCGACGAGCCGAUCGUGGAGGAGGACGAGGAAGACGAGGAGAACCUGCCCAUCUCGGAUAUAUCAUCCACCUCGGACCAUCCGUUGGCCGGCAGCAGUACUUAGGAAGAAGACAAAGAAGAAAAAACUCACGUUGAUAUACCCCGUUGACGAGAACGCGCUACGGACGCUCAGAGCUUAUGAUCACGUCGUUAAAUUCACCCGCUUUAUUACCUUAAUGUCGCUAACUUAUGCGUUGUACUAUUAGUCUAGUACCAUCCAUCCAUUCAUGAUCCUUUCAUCGAUGCAUCCGGGACUUUCUUUUCUUGCUAGCUUUCCCUUCUUUCUCUUUGUUUUCUUUGGAACUUCUGCACCAAUGGACAAGGACUCGCCGUUAUGGCGCCACGGACCUGUGUGCACUCUUUCACCAGCCUCUCCUUACACGUGUUGUCUGCGUGCCUCCCGCUAUCGAUCGUCGCCUGUCUGCCUCUGCAUAUCUGCCUCUAUUCGUUCUCGCCUGUGUCCUAGAGCAAUUCUAGUCAUUUCAGC